AUGUCGUACAGACGAAAGGCACCGCCUCCCUUGCCGUCUCCCCGUAAAUAUGAGAAGAUAGUACGCGUUGUAACGGGUGCUGAAGAGCAUCGGGUCGUUAUGUUCUGCGAGGAGAGUGGCACAGUGGAACGCGUAACUGUGUUGCACAGGUUCAAAGAUGAUAGAAAGAACGCAUUCUUCAUUCAGUUUCAGAAGCUUGCGAGCGUGGCAAAGUGUAAGCUACUGGCCAAGUCGGCGAAGCUGGGUGGGUAUCCUGUUCAAGUGGACUCAGUCGCAGGCUCUCCUCUCCUGCAAGAGCAAUACAAGCAGUUAUGUCAGGUUGCAAGCCCCAAAGCUCAAUAUGCAGCGUCUCCACUAAAACGUAGGCGUUUCUCCUCUGCAACAAACAGGGAAAAUCGUGGACUCGGUUUGAUUAGGCGUCUGUCUGCUCCCUCAUCUGUUCUUUGUGAUCCUUGCGCUACUCUACGCGCAAUUAGGACUCCGACUUCCUUGUCCAAUAAGGACAACACUGGCUAUUCUACAUCUUUAGGUCGCAUGUCUGCUCCGCCUAUGUUCCAGGAAUCCCCACAUGCCGGAAAUCGCGCGUGGAGAGCUAACACUCCUUCAAUUCGACAGCUUAAUCAUCCGGACCUACGACAGGCGGUCACAUCAAAGACUGUCAAUUUCAGACUGCGAGCGUUGUCUACUGCGACGACAACGUCUGUUUCUACCCAGAAACUUCCGAGUCCACUUGCGAGGAGCACGUCCCUAUUGAGACAAAGCGCUAGAGUAGCGGAUGUCUUUCAUCCAGUUCGCUCUCAGAGCGCCAGCCCCCCGGUUUCUCAUGCUUGGAGUUCCUCAAGUGUUAGGCGCCACUCUGUCCUUGCGGGUAUUGCGGAGAACAAGCCUGGCCCAAUCCUUAAGAACUCGUCGGCAAUGAGGCAAGAUGUAAUGAACGCUGCACGCUCCGUCCGCUCCUCCAGUGCCAGUCCCUCUGUAUCUCGUAGUUGGAGCAUCCCAGUCACAAUGCACCAGUCAAUUUUCUCGGAACGCACCCCUUCCUUCAUCGACAAUGGGAAUGACACUAGCGUGAUCUACAGUUCACCGGAAAUACUGCCAAGUGGUACAAUAGCGGCGGUGGCUUCUGCUUCGCCGUCAUCGUUAACUAGAAUGGAUGUGAUCAAGGAGGAAUUGGCGUCUGCGAAAAAGAGAUACGCUAAGACAGUUGAGAAGAUCCACAAGCAUUACGCUCUGGUUGAUUGGAAGUACGAACGUCGUGGAACCCCUCGCAAUAGUUUAGGCGGUACUCCAUUGAGCGCGAAGGGACCACCGGCUUCAUAUCAAGCUCAACGUUCUAGUUAA